AUGUUGCGAAUCUUUAUGAUGUGUAGCUGCAUUGCAGCCUUGACUGUGGCUCAAGAUUCCCGUAUUAUCAACGGAGAUGUAAUAAACAUUGCCUACGCUCCCUACACCAUGCAAUUGAGGACCCAGCGAGAUAUAACUGUGUGUGGCAGUACCUUGAUAGCUAAACGUUAUGUCGUAACGGCAGCUCACUGCAUGGACAAGAUGAAACCUGAAGAAUUUAUUGUCGUUGGUGGUGCCAGCACCGUCGAUGAACCGGGAGUACGUCGUAAAGUUGUCAAAGGUUUUAUACAUCCUGGCUAUCGCAUGUUGAACAAAGAUCGUGAUAUAGCUGUUCUCAAAUUAGACAAAGAUAUGGUGGGCAAAAAUAUCCGACCUAUCGAGUUGUGUUCCGGAGCGUUAAAGGCCGGUGAUAUUAUUCAAGAAUGUUUGAAAAUGUAUAAAAAAGUUUCGGUAAAAAUCUCGGAUUCUGUUGUCUGUGCCUAUGAUGGAGGUAAAAGGGAUUCUUGUCGUGGUGACUCAGGUGGUCCGGGAGUUUAUGGUGGUGAAUUGUGUGCCGUGGUGUCGUGGGGUAUGGGUUGUGGCCGUGCUGAAUAUCCUGGUCUUUAUACCAGUAUUGAUGUUGUACGCGACUUUAUUGAAGAUUGUAUGAGAGAGUAG